AUGGGUGGGAGGGUGGGAGGGAGGAGGCGCGGGUGUUGGUUGGUGGUGGUGGUGUGGGCUGGUGAGCAGUCAGCCAGGUACAACGCCAAGGGGUUUCGCCUGCACAAGGACGCUUUGUCGACCUUUGCCCAGAUCCGUACCAAGGUACCUUUGAUACAGGUCUCGCCUCCAUCUCCCUCAAUUGAUUUCAGGAUCACUGCCGACACCUCAAUCGCCGUCUCUGCGCCUCGCCCUUGGUGUCCCAUCGCCAAUCAUCAACCCCGGCCACACGGAAAGCAAACGGACCCGAAGGCUUCACGCAGCUCUGGUGUGUUUUCAGCCACGCCUGCCUGUUUGAUCUUGGGACAAUUGGUCUGUCCCGCGGCUGGCCGCCGACCAGCAAACCCUAAUUGCCAAAUCCGCUGCCAUCUAGGCCCGCGCCGCUGCACCUACCAAUAUAGUCAUUCAGUUCACGAACCAUUCCACCCGCCCCUCGUGGCCUGGUGUCUCUUUGCGGCUGCAACGGCGGCCAUGUCUCUCCCCAUCGCUUUGCAAUCCGUGGUCUUCUACGUCGUAUCAUGUACGCCCUACUACAACUUCCGCGCACACCAGCGCUCAAAGGCUACGGCCAAGAAAGAGCGUGCAGAAAAGGCGCGCAUUCAAGGGCAGUACCCGGAGAUGUACCAGCACCCAGAUCCAUUCAACACAAACCCUUACUGGUCUGAAGAGAUCAUGAUAGGGCCACACAUCGAAACCAGGAAGUACCAGUCGGCCGCCAGCAAGAACGAGAGCCAAAAGCGGCUGGCGAGCGCCGGAAAGGACGCCCACAGCAUCGCGGGCAGCAGCAUACAUAUUGGCAGCACACACAUCGGCAGUAGUCCCACGGUAGUGCCAGAAAACGAGACCAUGAGCCUAUCGACUUCAUUCUCGGACGAUUGGAACCGCAAACGGUAUCAGCGCGAGGACGAGGAGCUAUGGGGUCACGAUAUAUCCAGAGCUGGUCACCGGUUGAUGGACGCAAUUAAGCAGGCAGGUUCUUCGGCUGGUCGCCGCAUCGAGGCCACCCUCGGCAUGGAACCUCGUGAGAUUACCGAGGAGGAGCGGAGGGAGUUUUACUUUGCGCCCAAGCACCCACCCGUCAACGACCACCACCCACCCAUUGUCCGUCAGAAGCCGCUCCACCAAGAUGCCCACAAGUGGAUGCUCCAGCCGCCGCCACCAGCCAAGUUCAUGGAGGGCAAGGUUCCAGUCAGCCGGACGACGAGCGUCGCCAGCCACGUCAGUAGGAAGACGACUAGCAGCGAUACUCCGCCCUUGAGCCGCCGCAUGCACGAGAAGGCCAUGGAGGCCAAGCUCAUGAGUGGCGAACUUCCCACAGAUCAGGACCUAGCUGCUAGUCGCCUGAGUCCAACCUCAGCGCAACGCCGCUCCGCAGCAUUCAGCUCAGGUACUCUCAGGGGCAGGAGCUUCUCGAUUGAGUCGUCGGAGAUUUCGGAGGGCUUCGUCGUGCCCGCGCGCAGAUCGACCAGGCGCACAAAGCGGACGAGACCUGUCGUCACCCCUGACGAGGACACCUCAGAUGAUGCGGAGUUCUUUGAGCUGAAGCCCUCAGAAUCUUUCACUGCCAGCACCACCAAGGUUGCCAGACGCCCCAAGCUGGAGACUGUCGCCAGCUCCGAGUCAUUCGGCGCUCCCGAGGAGUUAACACUGGCCGAAAACAUGAAGCUCACGCCGUCGCAAACCGCGGAAACAUUGGUCGAAGCCACGUCCGAAUCCACGGCCCUGCCCGCCCCAAAGAUCAUGGCGGCCACGGCUAGCUCCGCUUAGUAUGUCUGGAGCAGAUGCAUGGUCAAAUCCGACAGUGACUUGGAGCUGCAAACGCCCCGUUUUGCUGGGCCAUGGUUGCCGGUACUUGGGCCCGAUGAGGAGAGGCAUUGGUUGAGAUGAAGCUGGAAAAACAAAAAUUGGAUCCCAAUGGUCUGGUCAUAGCUGUAGCAUUCGUUUUUGUACACACCUGAAGCAUUCGCAAGUUUGGCGUUGGGAGUAUUGGCACAUCGGUUCGCACCUUGCGAGCCAAAAGAUUUUUGAUAGCAUUGAUAAGAUAACUCUUUGUUCUGGUUAA